UAAAAGGGGUUGGCGUUUUAUCUCAGUAAGUGAGCACAGACUGUGAGUAGGUGGGUGGAAGUUGGGAGCACACCUGUUGGUUGUGAUCUAGUAAGAGUGCCGCGGUCGAGCUUGCUGGAAUGCUUCACUGUUGCGGGAAGGGAAGGGAAGGGGAGUGGUUGUGAUCCGGACCAAAUUCCUUUCUCAGUCCCACUCACAGCAACAGCCGCCUAGGCGCAGGAAGCAAGAAGUGGCGGGGGAGGGCAAAGCUGUAGCCUGCCGUGAAAGAUCCGCUGGCGGUCGCGUCGCCGGAGCCCCGCGGCAGGCCCUCCCAGAGCCGACACUGUUCUCGCGGAGGAUUCCGUCCGGUGCGAUACAAGGCUUGAAACGAGGAUGAACAUUUGGCAUUUCAUCACCUCAUGGACCAUUUCUUAAAGCAAAGUAAUUUGCAUUGAUCAGUACAGUUAGUACGUUCAAUCAGCAGAGCGAAGGAUGCAGUUCAUUAUCAAAAGUGGAUGAAAACUAUAACUGUUUCUCGACAUUAAGUUGGAUCAAAUUAUGCUUGUUUCUGGAGACGAAGUUCUUCGUUGCUUCCUCAUGAUGAGAAGUUCAUCGCUGAUCCUCGACUGUCUUUUAAUCCUGCUAGUGAUACCUUGGAGCCAGGGUCACAGUCUAUUCACAUGUGAGCCUAUAACCAUCCAUCAAUGCGAAGGUCUCUCGUAUAAUAUGACAUUUUUCCCCAAUAAAUUGGAACACUAUGAUCAGCACAUUGCAGCAGGUGCAAUGGAGCCCUUCCUGCCUCUUAUGAAACUGAUUUGUUCACCGGAUGUGAGAAUGUUUCUAUGCAGCGCAUUUGUGCCAGCCUGCACAGAAGAACGUCAGAUUGUCCCACCUUGUCGAGAGCUUUGUGAGAAAGUUCUUAAAGACUGUGAAAAACUGAUCGAGACAUUUGGGAUCUUGUGGCCAGAGGAGCUGCAAUGUGAUCGGUUAGAAUAUUGCAAUGGUGGCCAACACACUUCGGCUAUAGCUUCAACUCCAAGAUCGGUCACAGAGAAGACUUCACAAAUGGUAGUGAAAGAUUAUGGAUUUUGGUGUCCACGACCCCUCAAGAACCCAACUGGGCAUGGUAGUUCGUUUCUUGGUGUGGGUGACUGUUUGCCACCAUGUCCCAACAUGUACUUCAGAGAAAAUGAAUUGAACUUUGCCAAGUAUUUCAUUGGAAUUGUUUCCAUCAUUUGUCUCUGUUCAACUCUCUUUACAUUCUUGACUUUUCUCAUCGAUGUUCGAAGAUUCCGUUACCCUGAGCGACCUAUUAUUUUUUAUGCAGUAUGUUAUAGCAUGGUAUCUCUGAUGUACAUUGUUGGUUUCAUUGCUGGUAAUAACAUAGUUUGCAACAAAGCAAAUGAGAAAUUGGGUACCAUGGAAACAGUUGUCAUAGGUGCACAGAACAAAGGAUGCACAAUCCUUUUUAUGCUCUUGUAUUUCUUUACCAUGUCAGGAACUGUUUGGUGGGUAAUUCUGACCAUCACCUGGUUCCUAGCAGCAGGUUUGAAGUGGAGUUGUGAAGCUAUUGAACAGAAGGCAUUGUGGUACCAUUCUUUUGCUUGGGGAAUGCCUGGGAUAUUCACAAUAAUGCUGCUUGCCUUAAACAAAGUUGAAGGUGACAAUAUUAGUGGUGUAUGCUUUGUCGGACUGUAUGACUUGAAUGCUUUGCGUUAUUUUAUCCUGACACCAUUGUGCCUCUGUGUGGUGGUGGGAUUGUCCCUCCUUUUGGCAGGAAUUAUUUCCUUGAAUCACGUACGGCAGGUAAUCCAACAUGACGAAAGAAAUCAGGAGAAACUAAAGAAGUUUAUGAUUCGAAUUGGAGUUUUCAGCGGCCUAUACUUGGUGCCAUUGGUAGCACUCCUGGGAUGUUAUAUUUAUGAGCAAGCUCUUCGGACGACUUGGGAAACUACGUGGGUUCACGACUACUGUCAAGAUUAUCCCAUUCCGUGUCCCAAUCAGGUAGAAGCUCUCACUAGACCUGACUUGUCUCUUUUUAUGAUGAAAUACCUGAUGACUCUAAUUGUCGGUAUACCAGCAGUUUUCUGGGUUGGCAGUAGGAAGACCUGUUCUGAGUGGGCCAAUUUCUUUCAGAGCGCUCGCAAGCGAGAUCCAAUAACGGAAAGCCGCAGAGUGCUGCAGGAGUCCUGUGAAUUUUUCCUAAAGCACAAUUCCAAAGUCCAGCACCAAAAGAAGCACAAGUCGGGUUUCCAUAAACUCAGGGUCAUCUCUAAAUCCAUGGGGACAUGCACCACAGGUGGGGCAAGUCAUGGGACGUCCCUGCCUGCCGCCAGCCCAGGGACACUUUCAGAAGCUAAACAUUUUCUUGAAAUCAAUGAGCAUCAUGCUCUGCUACCUGAAAUGCCAUCCACGUUGAACGUCUCCACCGGGGAACGAGCUUCUAUCAGUUUAUUGGGCCAGGCAAUGUCUGCUGACCUGACAGAGAAAGGAAGUAACGAGGACAUCAACUCUGUUGGACCAAGAGUUCAGUCUGAAGGCGUGCAACGUGUCCCAGAUGGAAGAUUAACACCAAGUGGCAACUUUGCUGAGGAAUCUACACUGCAAAGUAGCUACACACUUGUGCCGCACUAUCCAUGUCCUACAAGCAGCAAGGGCUGUGCUUCUCUUGUUGUACAUGCAUUGCCGGAAUUCAGCAAAGUGGAAGACCCUGGGAAUGAUGACGCAAAUGCCUGAGGAUGCCUGCUCCGAACCAUUUGGCUUUAUAUGUCGUUGUAAAAUAUUUUGGCCAGAGCAUAUUAUUUGUGAACUUCCCCUCUAUGCUUUAUUUUGUAAGCUACUUAAUGUCUUCUAUCAAGAACAGUAAUUUAAAUGCAUUACAUCUUAAGUAGAUUGAACUUAAGUAAAUCUAACUUUUAAUAUAAAUGAGGAAAACACUAUAAAAAGCAUGAUUUUAACCAUUUUUAUGCUUCCAGGCAAAGUUUGUUUUUUGAUAUGGUGACCUCCAUUUUAUACUUAAAUUCUAGCUUUGUGUUGAGGGCAGAAAUGAGUUUAGUGAAUAUUAUGCAAUUUUUUUGUAUUGUGUGAAGUAUUCUUAGGUGGUAUACAUUUCUGUUCAAUCAGUUGGUAAUAUUGUUAAAUUCAAAUGUUAUUUCAUCUUGUGUACUUGAUUACAUAGUGAGAGAUUUACAUGACAUGCUUUGAAAUAUUAUUAGUAGAGCAUCUGCACUAAGCAACUGCAGUCACUGUAGAGACUGAUCUGGAACAAAACCAAUUUCCAUUAGUGGGCUGGGUCAUAUUUAUUCUGUACAUUGAUGUGGGUGGUACAAAAUAGAAGAUGAGUAGUCUUGUUUAAAGUAUUCAGGGAAAAUAAGUUCGAGCUUUAUAUAGUCAAAUUCACUGGAAGAAGAUAACAAAGUUGAUAUAGAUUUAUUUUAGUUUAUGAAUAUGAAUCACAGCAAAAUUAGCUGAUAGAUUAAAUCUGUAUAUUUUGAUCAGGAUAUAAAAAUAAAUAUAUGUGGUCUGGAGCAUGUAGGGUGGAAUUUUAAACUGGGGUAUGAGGAACUCAGCAGGUGGAACAGCAUCUGUGGGAGGAAAGGAAUUUUCAACGUUUCCAGACAAAAUUUCAGGUUCUGAUGUAGAGACAAUUCCUUUCCUCCUACAGAUGUUGCCUCCCCACUCAAGCACCUCCAGCAGAUUAUUUGUUACAGUAAGCAACUGCUGCUGCCUGGAAUAGAUGUUCACAGCUACAUUUCCAUCAUGAACUGUUACAAACAGUUUUCAGGAACAGAUUCUGGGGACAAUCUGGAAUCUGUGGUGGAGGUAAAUAAUGGCUUUGGUUUUCUUCACAUUUGAAUGCCGUCAGUUUAAUGUUUGCAUUAAAGCUUCCCUGAUGGUAAUACCUUGGUUUCAUUCAAGACAACUUAGUCUCUCAGUCCUAGGAAAAUCAGCAUGAUUUCCUUAAGGGGAAAUCUUGCUUGACAAAUUUGUUGGAACUCUUUGAGGAAAUAACAGGCAGGAUAGACAAAGGAGAGUCAGUGGAUAUUGUUCAUUUAGAUUUAUAAAAGGCCUUUGAGAAGGUGCCACAAAUGUUAGGCUACUUAACGAGAUAAGAACCCAUGGUAUUACAGGAUAAAAGAAUGGCUGACUAGCAGGAAGCAAGGAGUGGGAAUGAAGGGGGCCUUUUCUGGUUGGCUACUGGUGAAGUGGAGUGUUGGAGGGACCAUUUCUUUUCACGUUAUAUGUCAGCAGUUUGGAUGAUGGCUUUGUGGUCAAGUUUGUGGAUGAUACAAUGAUUGGUGGAGGUGUAAGUAGUUUUGAGGAAGCAGGGAGCCUGCAGAAGGACUUAAAUGAAUUAGGAGAUUGGGAAAAGAAGUGGCGAAUGGAAUACAGUGUAUGGGAGUGUACGAUCAUCCAUUUUGUGAGAAGGAACAAAGGCAUAGACUAUUUUCAAAAUAGGAUGAAAUUCAGAAAUUAAAAAUGCUUCAGAACUUGAAAGUCAUCGUGCAAGAUUCCCUAAAGGUUGACUUGCAGGUUGCGUUGGUGAUAAGGAAGGCAAAUGCAAUGUUAAUGUUGAUUUUGAGAGCACUAGAAUAUAAAAGUGAGGAUGUAAUGGUAAGGCUUUCUAAAGCACUGGUCAGUCCGCACUUGGAGUAUUGCGAGCAGUUUUGGCUUCUCAUCAAAGAAAGGAUGUGCGGGCAUUGGCGAGGUUCCAGAGGAAGUUUACGAGAAUGAUCCCGUGAAUGAAAGGGUUAGGAUAUGAGGAAUGCUUGUUGGCUUUGAGCUUGUACUUGCUCGAGUUUAGAAGAAUGAGCGAGAGCUAUCAUUAAAUCUGUCGAAUUAUGAAAGGCCUAGACAGAGUGGAUGUGGAGAGGGUGUUUCCUAUAGUGGAGGAUUCUACAGUAGGUCCAGAGGGCACAGCCUCAGAAUAAAAGGAUGUCCCUUUAGGACAAAGAAAAGGAGGAAUUGCUUUAGCCAGAGGGUAGUGAAUCUGUUAAAAUUCUGUGUGAUUCUGUGCUGUGCCAUCCUCUGGCACAGAGUACGUAGGUGUAAGUCACCUUGAUUUUUAUCACUCAAACCCUUAGUAAGCCAUAGAUUGUUCAGCUUGUAUAGUGACUGAAAGAGGCCAAGGAGUAGAAUUAAUUGAAUAGCUCUACAAAAGAGUUGACAGGUAAAAUUGAGCCAAAUGGCUACCUCCUUUGCUGCAUCUUUCUAUGCUGAGACUGAUCCAUUUUAAUGAUUAAAACUUUCUCAUGAAAGUACCAUUCCUUGAUUCAGUUUGAUUGAAAGAGCUGCAUCAAAUCACAAUCCAGUAGGUAGUGGAAUGAGCUGCCAGACAGAGAAGCUGAGGCAGGUACAAUAACAACUCAGAAGGCAGUUGGACAGGUACAUGGAGAAAUCAGAAUAUCAUUAUAUAAUGUAUUGAAGGACAAUUGAAUGUUCAGCCAAGGUGUUCUCCUACAUGAUUCCCUCAUAUUACCCUCCUUCUAACAUUCUUCUUUUAACACAAUCAUUCUAUUUUAGUCUCCAUCAGGUAAAUACCUAUGGUUUCAUCCCUCCCCUUACUUCCAUCUGUGUGACUUGGACCAUAAGAUAUAGCAGCAGAAGUAAGCCAUUUUGGCCCAUCGACUCUGCUCCACCAUUCCUUCAUGGCUGAUCCAUUUUACCUUUCAACCCCGUUCUCCUGCCUUCUCUCCGUAAUCUACCACGCCCCGACUAAUCAAGAGCCUAUCAACCUCUGCCUUAAAUACACCCAAUGACUUGGUUUCCAAAGCCACCUAUGGCAAUAAAUUCCACAGAUUCAGCACCCUCUGGCUGAAGAACUUCUGCCUCAUUUCCAUUCUAAAUGGACAUCCCCCAUUUCCACUCUAAAUGGCUGUGUCCUCUUGUCCUAGGCUCCUCACCACAGGAAACAUCCUCUCCACAUCCACUCUAUCUAGGCCUUACAGUAUUCAAUAGCUUUCAGUGGGAUCCCUCCCUCAUUCUAAAUUCCAGAGAGUACAGGCCCAGAGUCGUCAUUCGCUCCUCAUAUGAUGACCCUUUCAUUCCUGGAGUCAUUCUCGUGAACAUCCUUUGAACUCUUCAAUAUCAGCACAUCCUUUCUUAAAUAAGAGUCCUAAAAUUGCUCACAAUACUCCUCAAAAGAGGCCUCAAUAGUGCUUUAUAAAGCCCUUCAAUUACUCCUUGCAGUAACAAGUUCCACAUUCUAGCCAUGCAUUAACAAAGUAGCUCCAGCUGAAUUUACUCCCAGUGUCACUUGUGGCCAUCUUAUAUUGUCAUGACUUUCUCUUGUUUGUGUGAUAGCAUGAACAUCAAUUUCUCAAACAUCCAGUAAUGCUUCCAUCCCCCACCCCUUCACCAUUUCUCAUCCCCUUGCCUCUCCCGUGUUAUCUCCUUGCCUGCCCAUCGCCUCCCCUCUUCUUUCUUCCAUGGUCUUUUGUCUAUUUCAUCAAUCAACUUCCUAGCUCUUUGCUUCAUCCCUUCCCAUCCAAGUUUCACCCAUCACCUGGCAUUUCUCUCUCCCCUUCCCUCACCUUUCAGGUCUACUCCUCAGCUGUUUUCCUCCAGUCCUGCCGAAGGGUUUCGGCCCAAAACAUCAACUGUACUUUUUUUCCAUAGAUGCUGUCUGGCCUGCUGAGUUCCUCCAGCACUUUGUGUGUGCUGCUCAGAUUUCCAGCAUCUUACAGAUUUCCUCAUGUUUGUUAUAUUGUCAUGAGCUUUGGUUUGCCCAAAAAGUGGCUUUUUCCUCAUAUCUGCACUCUUAUGCCCUUUAAAGAUCAUUGGUCAUAUCUCAAUCUUUUUUCAAGAGGAUAAAGCUACAAGCAGUUCAACAUUUUUCGGUAGAUAUAACCUCACAACUCUGGCUUCACUCCAGUAAAUAUGCUUUCAUCCGUGAAAAUUCCACAUUCUUUAAAAUAACUAUAACUUUAAAGUAACUUCUGCUUAAAUUUUAUGCCUCUGAAAUGAAUCUGUUUACUUUUUAAUCACUACUAUUUUGUGAAAACUCAGUUGAUUCCUGCUGUUCUUUGCUCACUUCUGCAUUAUCUUCCCUUCUAUUAAUUCAUGAAGAUCAAAGAUUUCAUUUGUCACAUAUACAUCAAAGCAUACAGUGAUAUACAUUCUUUACGUGUAAUCAAAUCUGCGAGGGUUGUUCUAGGGACAGCCUGCAAGUUGUGCCACGCUCCUGGAGCCAACAAAGCAUUCUUGCAAAAUCACUAACUCUAACCCUUCUGUCUUUGUAAUGUGGGAAGUAACUGGAGGGAAUCCACGCGGUCAUGGAGAGAAUGUACAAACUUUCAACAGGCAGUGGAAGGAAUCGAACACUGGUCGAUGGUUUCUGAUGCGGUAAAGCAACUGUGCUGACCGCUACACGACCGUGCCAACUGCUAUAUGCUGAAUCUUGCUGUUUUCUGAAGGUUUCUGUGGCUUUCUCUUGGUGGGUUGAAGGCCUCUUCAAGUCCUUGCACAUUUUCUUAUUUUAUAAGAAAAGUAUAAAUGUUCUCAAAGUGUUACCUACUUUUCCCCUUUGACUAAAGAAUAUUGUUUUGAGGUUUUUUUUUAAUGUUACCUAUUUGUGGUUAGGGAUUAAUAAACAAUUUUGCAGAGGACAUUGAUUAAGAAAAACAAGUAAAUCUAAUACAGAUUGGCAGUGCUUGUAGACUGUUUAUUUAUCUUUGCUUUUGCCAAUAAUGGCAGUAAAUCAAUAUUCCUAGCCAUGUCCAGCAAAGUCUGACUAGUGGUUUGUUUAAUACGAGCUUUUUCAAUUCAAGCUUCUUCAUAAUGAAUCAGUGACCUCCGCCUUAGUAUAAAAUGGCAGGUAAUGACGCCUUGAGGAUAUGUGGUAGGGAAAAUGGUAAAAGGUAUUCUAACUGGAAAUCUACUCCAGUAUUAUUUAGUGUUGCCACUAGAUGGACUAAUGGAAAAAGUUCAAUUCUUUAUCACUUGCAUCCUCAAAGCAGUAAAAAUCAGCAGAAAUUCAUUUUGCUGCAUUUUGCACUGUUUUGAAUCAAAUUCUAUCUACAGGGUGGAAGUUAGUAGGAAUCAAUUUAUUUAAGAUAGAAAUGAAUAAAUAUUUGAAGGAUCCAGGAAAUUGGCACAGAAGAGGAGUUGAUCGGUAUAGAUCGGCUACUGUCACCUUGAAUAAUGGGCAGACUUGAGAGGUGCUUGAGUUCCAGGAACAUUAAGAGUGAGGCAGCAAAAUGUACAAUAUGGUUGCAGUUGGAUUGUGUUCAUAUUUUUGAGAAUGGGAGACAUAUAAUGAGUAUUUUUAACUUAAGAAUCUAUUUUUAUUUACUAAACAUUGCAUCUUUACGAGGUGUAUGAAGUCAAUAUUGCUGACUUAUAUUUUUAAAUGCAGUCUGCCACAAUUAUGGAUUGAAUUCAUUGAAGACCGUUUUUCAUCCAAGUGAACUACUUGAAUAAAAUGUGUGCUUCUAUACUAAAAAAAAAAUACAUUUUAGUAAUUGGAACAAAUUUUUGUCCUUGCAUUCCAAAAUAAGCUCCCUUUGAUCAUCCUGGAGAUGAAUGUUAGUGAUGUUUAGCAGUGUGUUGCAAUUAAAAUGUGCUUGGGACAAAAUUUAGUGCGAUAUAAUUGUAAAUUAUUUACUCUGGAUUUCAAACUCAUGUCUGCUAACGUAAAAGAAAACUGUAACGAUGAAUUGGUAUGUGUGUCUUAGUUACUGAAAUAUGAAUGAACUUGAUAAGAUCCAAGGUUUUUCCUUUCAAAGUAAUUGGAAAAGGAUCAGCUAAAUGUUACAUGUGACUAGACUGCUAUAUUUCUAAUAUACAGGGUCAGAAGCCAUUUUAUUAGGUACAGAAGUAGAACCUUGUGUGGUCUUCCGCUGCUGUAGCCAUUCAUGUCAAGGUUCAAUGUGUUGUUCAAAGGUACAUUUAGUAUCAGAGUAUGCAUACAGUCCUGGUCAGACUACAGAAAAUCGCCGAAAGGGUAUACCCCGAAUCUCAGUGCGGUUUUAGGUCGGAACGUUCCACAGUCGACAUGAUCUUCUCUCUUCGACAGCUGCAAGAGAAAUGCUGAGAGCAAAGACAACCACUCUAUGUCGCUUUCAUCGACCUCACAAAGGCAUUCGACCUUGUUAGCAGAGACGGCUUGUUUAAAAUCUUCGCCAGGAUUGGUUGUCCUCCGAGGCUCCUCAAGGUAGUCCAAUCAUUUCAUGCGGAUAUGAAAGGCGUCAUUCAAUUUGACGGCUCUUCUUCAGAGGCUUUCAACAUCUGCAGCGGUGUGAAGCAGGGCUGUGUGCUUGCUCCCACCCUAUUCGGCAUCUUCUUCGCAGUCAUGCUGAAAGAUGUGUUUGGAACUUCAACCGAUGGAGUUUACCUUCAUACCAGAUCGGACGGAAGGCUGUUCAGUCUGUCCCGGCUGAGGGCAAAAUCCAAGUACUUAUCAGAGACAUGCUGUUUGCAGACGACGCAGUGUUGGCGACACACUCUGAAGAGCAACUGCAGUGACUUUUGGACAACCUCUCAAGAGCCUGCCAGGAAUUCAGCCUAACCAUUAGUCUGAAGAAGACCAACAUGACGGGCCAAGGUGUUGAACAACCCCCCCCCCCCCGUCAUCAACAUCAACAAUUACAAGCUGGAGGUGGUCCAUGAAUUCACAUACCUCAGCUCCACUGUCACGGAGAGCCUCCCCCCGGACUCCGAGAUCAACAGGUGGAUCGGACAAGCAGUCACCACAUUCGCCAGGCUGACCAAGAGAGUCUGGGAGAACAGAAAGCUAAUUAUGAACACCAAAAUUGCAGUCUACAGGGCGUGUGUCCUCAGCACACUGCUCUAUGGCAGCGAGACCUGGAGCCUCUACUCAAUGCCUUCCACCUUCACAGCCUGAGAUGUAUUCUGGGCAUCAAAUGGACCGACUGAAUCACCAAUACUGAAGUCCUUACCAGCGCCCAGUUACCCAGCCUCUUCACCCUUCUCCAACAAUGCCGACUCCGCUGGCUGGGACACGUACAUUGCAUGCCAGAUGGGAGGAUUCUGAAAGACCUACUGUACGGGCAAGAGAGCACAAGGACGUCCUCAUCUUCAUUUCAAAGACGACUGCAAAAGGGACAUGAAGACAAUGGACCUGGACAACAAAAGAUGGGAAGACGUCAUGAACGAUCGCUCACGCUGGAGAUGAAAACUACGCAGAGGGCUGGAGCGAGGAGAAGAGAAACUGAGGCUUUCCACCCAGGAAAAGCACACUUGCCGAAAAGACAGCAACAUGGCAACAUUGGAGGAGAGCGUCUUCAAAUGCAAUCACUGCAACCGAGACUGUCACUGCCGUGUGGGCCUGUACAGCCACAACAGACACUGCUCCACCAUCAGCAGCUGAAUCAAAACUCUCCAGGCGCAGAUCCAUGGUCUCUCAAGACCAACGGACGCCACACACAUGCAUACAGUAUACAACCUGAAAUUCAUACUCUUCACAGACAUCAACAAGAGAAAGAAACCCCAUAGAAUUAAUAAUAGAGACAUUGAAACCCCUUCUCCCCCUCCCUUCAUACAAGCUGCAGCAAAAGCAUCGACUCCGCCCACCCAAACUAGAUGCUCUUCUGCACACCUAUGUUGUAAUGCAGUGUUGUUUGAGUCAGCUUCCAGUCAGCUUGAACCAGUCUGGCCACACUCCUCUGGCCUCAUAAACAAGACGCUUUUGCCACAGAAUGGCUGCUCAUUUGAUUUUUUUUCUGUUUUGCACACCAUUCUCUGUAAACUCUUCUUGAAAAUCUUGAGUUCUUCGUGAAAAUCCCAGGAGAUCUGCAGUUUCUGACUCGAACCACACUGCAGGGCACCAACAAUCAUUCAAUGGUCAAAGUCACUUGGUUCACAUUUCUUCCCUGUGCUGAUGUUUGGUCUGAACAACAUUUGAACCUCUUGGCCGUGUCUGCAUGCAUUGAGCUGCUGCCGCAUGAUUGGCUGAUUAGAUACAUCAAUGAGCAGGUGUACCUAACAAAGUGGCCACUGAGUGUAUAUAGUUUACUUCAAUAUCUUUGUACUUUGCUGCUAUUUUUAUAGAUCUAUUUAAAAUGUUUUCUUAAUGGGAGUGGCCUGUGAUUCAACUGCUUCUGCACAAAAGUGUAUUUCUGUAACCCAAUUAUUAGUGAUGUUCUAUUUGAUUACAAUAAGUACUUUAACAUGUCCUUAUUUUAUAUGAGUUAUUGCUAAUUCAAAGUGCAGGAUUUUACAUUUAAUUAAAAUGCUGUACCUGCA